CAAGUACGUUUAGCUUCAUAUGAAUCUAGAACAGUCACCAGGAUUAGCACGCUUUUGGAUGCCAGAUUCAAAAAGGACGGAUUUAGACAAGAAUCAAAUGCUGAAGAGGCUCUUAAGCUUUUAGACAGCGAAAUUGUCAUUGAAAGCAUUCAUAUGAAGCGUCACAGUAACGACGAAGUUAAUGAAAAUGACACAAAUUCAAAAGAAGAAAGUUCGAACACUCUUCUAUAUUUCUUGGCCCAAAGGCGGCAAAGAAAAAAUCGAACUACUAAUGUUGAUGCUAUCAUAACUAGGAGACAAUAUCUGGAGCUGGAACAUUGUGAUGGGGAUACUAAUCCAUUGUUAUACUGGAAGGCAAAUGCUAAACCAAAAGAUGUCUUGGCUCAACUUGCUCGAAAGGAUUUGUGUAUACCGUCAUCUUCAGUAGAAUCUGAGCGAGUUUUCAGCACAGCCGGAUUGAUAGUCAACGAUCGAAGGUCAAGUCUAAAGCCAGAAACAGUAGACAUGCUCGUAUUUUUACAUAAAAAUUUAUGUUCAACUAAGAUUUCAAAAUUGGAAUAAGUAUGUACAGCCACUCACUAAAUUGAGUAUACGCCGAUUUUUUUUUUAAUAUUCGCAAUGUUUUUCAUGUUAUAUGUUUAUUGUUGA